GCGCCCAAGCUUUUCUAUCGGGUCGCGCGAGAAAGCCGAUUAAUAACACAACGAUUCGGUUCGUUUCGCUCAUAUAUAUCGCGAUCCAGCAGUGAUCACACUUAUUUGUCCAACUCGAUGGAUUUUGCCACCACUUUGCCUACUAAGAAGAGGACAUGGAGAGUUGUGCGUCGAUCAAAGACCCCCGCGCACCAGUGGAUAUCAUGUGCUGUGGGCUCCGCUAUGCACGAGUUGUAGUGAUACAAAUUUGUUCCCCUUCUGAACUCGAGUUACCAUUCAAACUUGGGAGAUUUAACAGCGGGGAACAUCAUGCACAUAGCGGAGCUCGCGCUGUCUCUCCUGCUCGUCGGGAUCAUCGUAGUGUCGUUGCUGUCCAACGUGGUGGUGCUGAUUUGUUUCUUGUAUAACGCAGACAUUAGAAAGCAGGUGCCUGGUUUGUUUAUACUCAACCUGACUUUCUGCAAUCUCCUCCUGUCUGCCUCCAGCAUGCCGCUGACUCUUUUCGGGGUGUUGAGUAAUGCGCAUCCCGGUGGACACGUUUUCUGUCAGGUGGUCGGAUUUCUGGACACUUUCCUGACCACUAACUCUAUGCUGAGUAUGGCAGCGCUGAGCAUCGACCGGUGGGUCGCCGUAGUGUUUCCUCUAAGUUAUCAUUCCAGAAUCCGACACCGGGACGCAGUGAUCGCCCUGGCUUACACAUGGGUCCACUCGCUGUCAUUCUCCGUCGUAGCAGCCUGUCUAUCCUGGGUGGGUUACCAUCAGUGGUACGCGUCUUGCACUCUGUGUAACAAAAGAGCGAUCAACGCCAAAACGCAGUUUGCGAUUUACACCCUGGUGCUGCAUUCGCUCACGUUCCUGUUGGUUUCGGUGGUGCUGUGCGUCACAUAUCUGAAAGUGCUCAAAGUGGCGCGCUUUCACUGUAAGCGCAUAGAUGUGAUCACCAUGCAAACCCUCGUGCUGCUUGUGGACAUUCACCCGAGUAUUCGCCAGCGGUGUCUAGACGAACAAAAAAGGAGAAGACAGAGAGCCACUCGUAAAAUCAGCACCUUCAUCGGAACCUUUAUCAUCUGCUUCACACCUUACGUGAUCACCAGGAUUGUGGAGCUAUUUGUGACCGAGCCAUUUAAUCCAUAUUGGGGUGUGCUGAGUAAGAGUCUAGCGUACAGCAAAGCUGCAUGCGACCCGUUUGUCUACUCUCUUCUCCGACACCAGUACCGCAAAACCUGCAGUGACAUCGUCAAUCGGCUCAUGCAGCGCAGUUCGCUGAAUGCCUCCCGGCAUCAGCAGGAAAAUGGAAAGAUUGGAAAGACUGAGGAGGUCAGGAAAGUAAGAAUGUCCAAGGAAAUUAUGAAAAAUGAGGAAGUUGAAACCAGACCUACAAACUGAGGACUGCUGUUGCUAUAGAGAUGAACAAUCACAAAGGUCAAGCUUUUACUCUGUAUGGAGAGAGAACAAUGAGGGCAGUCGAGACAGCGGGAUGCCAGGCUCUGCAUUUCUUAACUCAAAAAGAAAUCAAGAUUUAACUGUAGCAAAAGUGAUUUAAGUAGCAGUUUUCUUUCUUUCUCUCUCUCUCUCUCUCUCUCUCUCUCUCACUUUCUUUCUUUCUUUGUGAGGCUGCAAUCCAUGAGAGCUGCUAGUAAGCAUCAUUCAAAGAGAUUCAGUAAAGCCUAUUAUUAUUGUGGUCUGAUUUGUAACUUACAUUAUAGUGUUAAAGUGCUGUCUAGAUAUAUAAAUAGGUGACUGCAGUGGAAUUAAUUAAUGGAGAACUGGAUACUGACAACAACAUAUGCUUUCUCUUAAAACUAUACCACAUGUUAAAAUGUGAGAAAAUAUACAUUUGCCACUAAUAUUGUAAGUGUUGGACAUAAAACAAGAGACUUUAUUUUUAGAUCAUGUUUUAAGUGAAACUCAAUGACACGUAUUUUACAUUUUGUGUAGCAUGUACUGUAUCUUCAGGGUUUAGUUGUACAGCCCCAUAGCAGUGGGCAGAUCUGUUCUUACGGUGCCUUUAUUUAUUUAGCUUUAUUUUAAAACGAAACCUCCUUAGAUUACAUUUUGUAGUUUUCUAUAUUUACGUACGCCGUUGUAAA